CCUUCUCCUUCUUUUAGUAACUUUACUCCUCUCUUUUCCCCUCUCUUUUGCUUCAUCAGUCAUCACAAAAGCAAAAGCUAUCCCACCAUUCCAUACUCACUCUCUCUCUCUAGCUCUACACCAAUGUCUGCGAGCCCGCCACCGCUCUUCGCGGCCGUCCUCCUCCUCCUUGCCGCCCCACUCCUGCCGGCUCGCUCCACCGCACCCGACCCGGAUCCGGCCACAGUCCAGCCCCUCCACCUCCCCCCAUCCCCGCCCGCCACCAUCCCCGCAUUCCCGGAGCAGUCCGCGGCUGCCGGCUGCCCCCUCGAGCUCUCGGACGGUCUCUUCCACGCCCUCCACUCCGCCUGCGGCGGGGAGCUCCGCCGCACUCGCUGCUGCCCCGUCCUCGCCGCGUGGCUCUACUCCGCAUACUCCUCCACCGCCCUCGGCCGUGCCUCUGCAGCCACUGGUGGCCCCGCCGUCCCCGGCCGCGCUUCUCCACCCUACGACAUGCCGCUCCUGCCCGACGACUCGGAGACUUGCGUGGACGGGCUGGGGAAGGCUCUGAAGGAGAGAGGAGUGCAGCUGUCUCAGCCGAACGAGACGUGCGACGUGGUCUACUGCUACUGCGGCAUCAGGCUCCACCCGCUGUCGUGCCCCGAGGCGUUCUUCGUCGGGCCCGACGGGAAGCUGCGCGGCAAUGAGAAUGUGAGGAGGCUGGAGAUCGAUUGCUUCAGUGGCGGGAACAGCAGGAAUGGUUUCCCGGGUCUCGGUGGCUGCUCGAAGUGCCUCAACAGCCUGCAUAGGCUCACGCAGAACACUUCAGAUCCAAGCAAAUCGGAGGACCGGACUGUCAAGAUGCAGAACAAGGACUGCCACCUGAUGGGCCUCACUUGGCUCCUCUCCAAGAACCGAACCGCCUACAUCCACACGGUCUCGAACGUCCUGCGAGCCAUCAUGAUGAGCCCCAACGGGUCCAAUCCCCAGUCGUGCACCCUCAGCAGCGAUGGCCUUCCGUUGGCAGUCGAUUCCACGGAAAUUUCAGGCAGCCCGUCUCAGUUCGCUCUCCAAUCAUCGAUCAACAUCCUCGUCCUACCGCUCUUCGUGUUGUAUUAUCGUCUUGUGAUUGUCUCGUGAUUAGGCAAUGCUUAGAGAUAUCUGUAUUGAUGCACUUGGAGGUUUUAUUCUUUACCCAGUUGCUGUUCCUUCCUGUAUCUGUUCUUCAAGAAGGGUAGAAUUUUUGUAAAUUCUUUGAUUUUUUUUUAAUCUUUUUGGUUUUGUGGGGAAUAUAGAGAAGAGAAAAUUAUGUUAUUAGUAGGCCCCACUCUCAAGAACAUGAAUCAUGGAGGACCGUCUCUCUACUGCAAAAUUGUUGGGAUAUGGCAACUUGUUUGGUAGCUCAGUGCUUUGGGAUGCUUCAAGAGAAA